ACAAAAAGAGAAACACACCUGACGCACAAAAGAGCUGCGUGUCCGGUUUUUAUUCAGGUGAAAAAAAAACGUCGACGAUAUGGCGUCCGACGCGUCCAUGUUCGUGAAGACGGUUCUGGCUCUUAAUGAGUCGUUUAAAACCGAGGACACCAGUUUGGCUUUACCUUCUGAGGACAGGUUAGCUCGCUCUGCUGGCGCUGACGAGGCGCAACGGAGGAGUCGAGUGGAGCAACAAGUGCAGCAGCUCACUCUGUCUCGGAAAGCAAAACAGUCCAUGAUGAAAGGUAGUGUAUCCAGCAUCCAGUUAGCCAGUACCACACCUUCCAGAAAUGGGCCUAUGAAGGCUUUCCAGAAUUUUGACCGCAGUGACACUCCAGGACCAAGCAGACAUCUGGUUAAGAUGAACCAGCCUCAUUGGGCGAGUCUGAGGUUUCCUCAGGCUAAUAGAGGAGAGUACAGGAAUGUUAGAUACGACUCAUCAGGAAACGGCUUUAUCUGGAGAUCUGCAGGUUUUACUCUCCCGGCGCUGCGAUCCGUGUCUUCAGCCGAACGUCUCCAGAGAACCUUCCCUCUGCACACCUCCGCCUGUUCCGAGAUGCUCCAAAACAACUGGCCGCUUGCUUCAGGCUGCGCCCCUAAGCUUCAGCUCUCUAACAAGCUUGUCUACGAGGACUGUCUCGAUGAUGUCUUUCUGCCUGACAGCUCACACUUCACCCCAUUCAGAGCAGAGCAUCAGAGAAUGUUUUCGGAGAAACAGACUCUUCUGAGAACAUCCAGUCAGCUCGGAGAUGCAGCGUGGGAGAUAGCGAACAUGCCCCUGGUGGUUCAGGACAUCAGACAGACACAGGAGACAGCCUUGAGAAGACAACCUUCAUUGGUCAUCACACACACAAUGAAGAGGGCAGCGAUCCAACAGGAAGAAGCAACAGCUGACACACUAAAAAAGGGAAACCAAAGUGCACCGACCACAAUGAAGAUGGCUGUAAAUCUCCUCGCAGAUAACGACCCGGAAAUUCAGAUCACUGCAGCAAACUUCAUACAGAACCAGUGUUUCAGCAGCGCGGAUGCUAAGAAAAGGCUGGCUAUGCAUCAUGGGAUCCCAAAGCUUUUGAAGCUCCUUGGCUCGGACAGCGACGAGGUGCAGCAAGCCACAGCCGCUGCAUUGAGAAACGCCAUCUACGAGAACAACGAGAACAAGAUGGAGGUGAAGGACCAGGAUGGUGUCACUGUGAUCCUGCAUCUGCUCAAGACAAACCGCGACACUGAAACCCGGCGGCAGCUCACAGGGUUGCUAUGGAACUUGUCUUCUCAUGACAUGUUGAAGGAGCAGCUUGGUAACGAAGCUGUAAAACCCCUCACUGAUUCUGUCCUCGUGCCAUGCUCAGGUAUAACCGAGGGUGAAGAUCCAAAACUGGAGCUACUGGCAGAUCCUGAGGUCUUCCUCAAUGCUACAGGCUGCCUGAGAAACACGAGUUCAUCAGGACCGAACGCACGCAAGUCCAUGAGGGACUGCGACAGCCUCAUUGACUGCCUUGUUUAUUACAUCCGCGGAACCAUUGCAGAUUAUAAACCUGACGAUCAGGCCUUGGAAAAUUGUGUGUGCAUCUUACAUAACCUUACAUAUCAGUACGAGUGUGAGGUUCCUGAAACAGUCAGGCCACUGGUGCACGAGUCCAGACAGAGAGCUGUUGCUGAGACCCAGAGACCUGGCUGCUUGGUCAGGAGAAACACCAAACUCUCCGAAGCAGAUGAGUGCUCGGAAUCUGAAUGCCCUCUGCUGGAGGAGAAGUGUAACCCGCACGGCAUGGAGUGGCUGUGGAACAGCAUCACCAUCCGCAUGUACCUGUCUCUUCUUGCUAUCAGCAACCGGCAUCUCACGCAGGAAGCAGCUUUAGGAGCCAUGCAGAAUUUGACAGCUGGAAACGGAGGGAUUUCCAAGGUUAUGGCUCACACCAUUGUUCAGAGAGAAGGAGGCCUACUGCAAGUGAAGAAGGUGCUGCAAGAAGGGGAGGCCGAUGUGAAGAGAGCCGCCGUGUGUCUGCUCAAAAACAUGUCCCGUUACAAGGAGCUGCAUUCAGACAUCAUUAAACAGGUGCUGCCAGAGCUGAUUGCCAUGCUUCACACCUCAGACACCAAUACAGUUCAGCCCGAUGAGACCACCUCUAUCUGUCAGAUUCUCAACAACCUGAGCCAGCCGUCCGUACAGAACGCCCGUGCCGUCCUCAACAGUGGCAUCCUUCCCAGGAUCAUCAAGAUCAGCAGCAAAGAGAGGCAUGGAUCCACGAAGGCUGGUCAGGCUGCUAGUGUUCUGCUCCACACUCUGUGGAGACACUCUGAACUUCAUGGUAGCUACAAGAAGGCUGGUUACAGGAAGACAGAUUUCAUCAACAACCGGACUGUGAAGGCAGUGAAUUCAGCUCGUAACUGACCUCAAGUGGCAAACUGGAAAACUACACUAAACUACACACAAGGACAAUUUACGACUCCUUCAACGCUGAAGUGCACUUACAUUUUUUUCCCAAAACGUCAUUCUAACACAUUAUGUAUCGUCAAGCACUUGUGUGGAUUCACAUUUCAACCGUGAUCCUAAAAACACCACAAUUUAAUAAGACAGUUCCAUUUACAUUUACGGCAUUUGACAGACAACCUUAUCCAGAGCGUCGUACAAAAUAUAUUCAUUGUUAGAGACUUCAAGGAGGUGUAAUAAGGGCUUUGUAGGCAAGUAUCAGUGUUUUGAAUCUAAUGCAUGCAGCUACCGGAAGCCAGGGGUGGGAGCGCAGCGGGCUGGUGUGUGAGAACUUAGGCGGGUUGAAGAAAAAUUGGCCGGCUGCGUUUUGGAUCAUUUGCACAGGACGAAUUGCGUUCAUAGGUAGACCUGCCAGCAGUGACUUGCAGUAGUCCAGUCUUGAAAUUACAAGAAACUGAAGUACCUGAGCAGCCUGUGUGGACAAAAAAAAGCUGCUGUGUUACAGGCAUCACAGAUAAUCCAACAGGUUGUUAAAAUAAUUUAAACAAUUUAAAACCUUUAUGUACACGCUUAAACUGGGAAUAAACUCGUGUAGUUCAUCCCUGUAUCUCUGUGAGAACACGAUCAGUGUACAUUGCGUUCAUUCGUUUUUAUUUCUGAAAUGGGAUUAAAAAAGGAAACAAGGUUUAACAAAUUAUUUUUUGUUUUAAUACAUGUAAAACAUGUUCGAUCAAAAACGCUUGUGUUUCUCCUGCAUGGUUUUUGACAUUUCAUAUCAGCAGUAACAAGAUUAAAGAUUAGAUUAAAGACGGCCAAGAUUAAAGAUUAAUUAAAAAUGGCCGUUAAUUCCUCAUAAGGAAUAAUAACAUAUAUAUAUAAUCCUAUGUGAUUUCUACAAAACAGUAGGAUGGUGGCUAUAAAAAAAACAGCAACUUUUACCAGGUGUCACAAUUGAAGUUAUAUUUCUGCAUAUGCUGAUUCCAUUUUUAUUAUAUUUUUAUUUUCUGAAUUAUUUUCUAUUUUAAUGAGAGAAAAAAAUAUUAUAUAAAAAUGCUGAUUGGUUAAGAUGUUGAACUACUGAACAGUAGUUUACUCAAGGCCACUGAAGGGUUUCUUGAGUAAAGCUUUAACCCUCAACUGCUCCAUUGUAAUAAUUGACACAAAUGUAAGUAGCCUUGGAUAAGGCCGUCUGCCACGUGCCCUAAAUCUAAAUGCUUGCUUGCGUUCCCAUUUUAUUUUAAAACAAAAACAAAUGAACGUAGUCUACACAGAUUUAGAAAUGAAAAUUUACCCACUCAAUAGUAACUGAAUCUAUAAGAUUGUAAACACACUGAGCUACAUGCUGAGGUAAUAUGUUAAGGUCACAAGUGCAAGGUAACUUGCUCUGGUAGCAAAUCUGAGGUGUAUGUACCGAGGUAAAUCUAAUAUACUGAAGAAACUAACUGCUGUAACAUGUUGAGGUAAUGUCAGAAAUGCAAGGUAAAUUGCUGAGGUAGAAAACCUGGGUUGUAUGUACUGAGGUAACUAACUUGUGUAGCAUACAGAAGUAACAUGCUGACUUAACUAACUGAGGCAAUAUGCUAAGGAAACAAAGUAGGGAAACUAACUGAUGUAACAUUUCGACAUACUGAGGUAACUAACUGGUGUAGCAUAGGGAGGAAACAUGCCGAGGUAACAUGCUGAAGUAACUAACUGAUGAAUGCUGAGGUAACGUACUGAGGUAGCGUUCUGAUGUUGCAUUCAGCAGGCUCGUGUUUAGCAUACUGUAUGUAUAGCACACUUCCCUAGUCAAGAGCUUAACCUUGAGUUAUUGUCAUUCGAAACCCCGUUUUAACCGGCUAGAGGAAUGUUUCACACUUGUCAUAUAGAAUUUUCAUGCUUUUUACCUGGGGUUAUGAAAUAGCUCUGAAGCAGGAUUAGUGCUGCUUUUAUGAUGUUACCUCGCACUGUUUUGGCAGUAUGACGGUGUGAAACGUCAAACAUAGCCCAGGAUUCUGUUUACCCAAAGUUUACAGUCACCCAGGGGAAGUGUGAAAAGCAUAAUGUUAACAUUUCUUCACAGCAGAAUUCAUUAAAACUGGGUUCCUGGUCAAUAAUAUGUAAUUGAGUAAUAUAAUCUGGGAAUUUAUCAGCAUCUCUGGGGAAAAUGUGGAUAUUCCUGAUGUUUUUGUCUUCGCUCAAGCAUCUGUAUGAAAACACUUUGUGGCUUCAUGCUAGCUUAAUCAUUAGCCUCAGUCAUUGUCUAGUCUGUGAUCGUUACCGAAUGUUUUUAGUGUCUCUAACCUCAUACAGACGUCAGAUUUAGACAUGACAUAAUGCCUCUAAGUUCAGCCUACAUAUGCAGUGUAUUUCAUGUUCCAAACACACCCUAGUGUUAGCUUUCACAUACAGAAGCAGUUUAACAACACAAAGCUUUACGCCAGAUGCUGAAACGUUGUUGAGCACUGAGAACUUUUCAAUCUCAUUAUUUUAGUUCAGCACUUCCCUAUAGUCAAUAAUGUUUGCGUUACAUUAGCGUGUUAUUUAUUAUGUUUAGCACUGAAUACGUGAAUGUGUCAAGCGGUUCCUGUACUUCUGUUUGAGCAGUGGGUUUAGAGAAACAUGCCGAACUUCAGCCUGCUCGAACAUUAAGUAAAAACAAAUCUGUUUGUAAAUUAAGAUGCACUUAAUAUUGUGUAGAUUUCUCUCUUUUUUUCUUUUUUUUUUUUUUUCAUCAAUACACAGGAAUGUUAAAGUAUGUAGCAUGGGGAGACACUUGUAUUUUGUUUGCUUUUUUUAACACGUUGGUAAAGUUUCACAAACCAUGCCCCAACACCUAAAGAUGGUUGAAAAACGACAACGAUGAAUGGCGAAGAAUGCGUAAUGCUGGUUAUUUUUAAGUGAAAUAAAUUCAUAUGUAAAUGAUUUCAGUCUGACACUGAAACGUGCUGUCCGAGGAAAAAUAGCUCUUUCAUUCUUUAUUUUUUAAAGCAUUCAAGUUCAAGUUCUACAUUUGUGCUUAAGAACUGCCAGUCUGCUCAAAAAACUGAUAUUUGCAUGAGCCCAUGCUCAUGUGCAUACAGAAACACUUCCACAAUGUUAUAUAUGGUAAACAGCUUCUAAUUACAAAAGGCCAGUGGCUUGCUUGGAGCAUGCUGAAAUAUAAAGAUAUAAGAAAUAAACCAGCUGUAUGUCUUUA